GGCCGUGUCCCGCCUCCCGGACCAAUCCGCUUCGCCCAUUGGUGGUACUCCACAUCAAUCACACGGCGGCUUUGCCUUUGAAGCCGAGUUGAAAGGGAGGACGGUGGAGUGGCUUGAAAUAUCGUUGUUUUUUUGGGGUGUCUUUUAGACCGUUGGCGCCGCCAUGUUAGCUGCUCGCUCGCUUGGACUCAUCGUCCUACUCGCUACCAGCGGCUUCCUAGCUGAAGCUAAUGCCGACUCCGGCACUGUGAUCCCGGCUGAAAGUCGUCCCUGUGUUGAUUGUCAUGCUUUUGAAUUCAUGCAGAGAGCACUGCAGGACUUGAAAAGAACUGCAAAUAACUUGAAUACAAGGACCGAUGAUCUGCUCCUGAGAGUUGAAAAGCGGGCUUUGUGUGACUGCCUGCCUUCAAACCUAUAGGCUGAUGAAUCGGAGAAGUGCCAUGACACUAUGUUCGGAGUAGAGUCCAAUGAAUCAUGUGACACAUACAAGUGAACUAUGUUUUGAUGAGAAUGUGUUUGAAGGUCAGUUUAGCUGGGAUCUAUGAAGCUUAAUGUCCCUGCAAAUAUUUAAUAUAUUGAGAGCCUUUUCAAAAAGGAGUGAAUAUUCAAUUUAUGAAGCCGCUGUUCUUUGGUAUUCUCCUGUGUCCUCUUUUCACUGUUCCAAAGGGCCUUUUUUUACCAUUCCAUCUCAUGAAUGUUUCCCUUGUCUUCCUCCCCUCUUCCUGAUCCACCAAACCUUAAUUCUUUCAAAUCUACACCUAGUUCACCUAUCCCUAUCCUAUAGACUGAGAAAUUUUUAAUGUGAGGAGUUGUAUCUUGUCCUGACAACUUGUAAGCUUCUUGCAGGUACUGUAAUUUGUUUGUACUUUUAUUUAUACUGUAUUUAAUUAGAAAGCAUGAAAUGUGAUGUAAUGAGAGUUUAAUGUUUCUUAUGUUCUUGCUGGGGAUUAAGCAGGAAAGUGUAGUUAACGCAGCACAUUGGCGUGAUCUUACAGGAUGGCAGAGCAAGCUGUGGUGGGAGGGAUAGAGGGGGAAAUGUAUAUUGCUCACCUUUCCUAUUAUGCUGAUAACACUACAGUGACAUUCCAUUGCAUUUGGUGAGUAGAAUGUACUUUGUGUUGCAAGAUUUAAAUAUUUAGCUGUGGAAAUGUUGUAUGAGAUUGACAAGUAGUUUUAUUAACUUGUAUUGAUCUGAAAAUGUAACUUAUUUAACAGUAAAAAUGCACGGUACGGUUGCCAUUGUAACUUUUUCAAAGUAAAAUUCCAAUCAACAGGA